AAUCAUUUGUGCUCUGAAGCUCUAGCCACAGUUCAGCAGCGAUGAUCUACACAGCUCUGAUCCAAACGAGCCGCUGAGGAGCAAGAGAGGAGCUAACCAAACAACGUUUUCCGAUUUUGCAAUAUCGACGCAUUCCAGGGAGGGACAGUUGUUUGUUGAAAAUGGUGAAGAUGGGAGUUAGGAGUGUAUGCUGUAUUUUACUGGUUUCUCUGCUAAAGUCUUCCUCUGCUCACAAUGACUUCUUCACAUCUAUUGGUCACAUGACAGAUUUGCUGAACACGGAAAAAGACCUGGUGACGUCACUGAAAGAUUACAUCAAAGCCGAGGAGAGCAAACUGGAGCAAGUGAAACAGUGGGCUGAGAAACUGGAUGCUUUAACAGCGACAGCCACACAGGACCCAGAGGGGUUUUUGGGUCACCCUGUCAAUGCCUUUAAGCUCAUGAAGAGACUAAACACGGAGUGGGGUGAAGUGGAGGACCUCGUGCUCAAAGACAUGUCUGACGGUUUUAUCUCAAACCUGACAAUUCAACGUCAGUAUUUCCCUAAUAAUGAAGACCAGACCGGUGCAGCCAAAGCUCUCCUCCGACUGCAGGACACCUAUCAACUGGACACACAGACCAUCUCUUCUGGAGACUUGCCUGGUGUUACUAAAGGCUUGCCGUUUAAAAGCACCAUGACGGUAGAGGAUUGUUUUGAGCUGGGAAAAAUCGCCUACUCUGAUGCAGACUACUACCAUACGGAGUUAUGGAUGGCCCAGGCACUAAAGCAACUGGAUGAAGGAGAAGAAUCCAGCGUUGAAGUUGUGACAGUGCUGGACUACCUCAGCUACUCAGUCUACCAGCAGGGGGAGCUGGAAAGAGCUCUGGACCACACCAAGAGACUGCUGAGUGUGGAUCCUGAGCACCAGCGAGCACUCGGGAACCUAAAGUAUUUUGACUACCAGCUAGCCAAACAGAAGGAGGCUGAGAAAGAGCAGAGUGUCAAGGAAGAGAGCAAGAAAGAACCAGAAAAGAAAGCUGGGAACGGCGGCUAUCUCCCUGAAAAGAGGAAAUAUGAGCAGCUAUGUAGAGGACAUGGAGUCAGAAUGAGCCCUCGCAGACAGAGACGUUUGCACUGCCGUUACUACAACAGUAACAGACAUCCUUUUUACAUAAUCGGCCCAGUGAAACAAGAGGAUGAAUGGGAUCGUCCACGUAUCAUCCGUUACCAUGAUAUUAUAACAGAGAAAGAAAUGGAGAAGGUCAAGGAGUUGGCCAAACCAAGGCUGCGCAGAGCCACCAUCUCCAACCCCAUAACUGGUGUUCUAGAGACUGCCCAGUAUCGCAUCAGUAAAAGUGCAUGGUUGGCGGCUUAUGAGCAUCCAGUUGUGGAUCGCAUAAACCAGCGCAUAGAAGACAUCACAGGCCUCGAUGUCAAAACAGCAGAAGAGCUACAGGUGGCAAAUUAUGGUGUUGGUGGACAAUAUGAGCCUCACUUUGACUUUGGACGGAAAGAUGAACCAGAUGCCUUUAAAGAGCUGGGCACAGGAAAUCGGAUUGCAACCUGGCUCUUCUAUAUGAGUGAUGUAGCUGCAGGGGGCGCCACAGUCUUUACAGAAGUUGGAGCUGCAGUAAAGCCAAUGAAGGGUUCAGCUGUAUUCUGGUACAAUCUGUUUCCCAGUGGAGAGGGAGAUUACAGCACGAGACAUGCAGCUUGUCCAGUACUGUUGGGUAACAAGUGGGUGUCAAAUAAAUGGAUCCACGAGAGAGGGCAGGAAUUCAGGAGACCCUGUGGCCUGAAAGAGGCAGAUUGAUCAAACACCUCCACCAUCUUCCUCAUGCACUCCUCCUGGACUCUGAAAACAUGAACGGUACCCUCCAUGCUGUUCAUGUCCACUGUGUCCACAGCAGCCAACAUGUGACCUGUCACAUUUAUUUUUAACUGAAGAGUGUGUGCGUGUGUGUGUGUGGGUGAGCCAGCCUACAGUUACAUUACCACUGUUAGUGCCUUUUGUCAUUGCACACCAGGGCUUCAAAAAUGGAGCCCUGACAACACUCCUUUACAAACAGGCCUUUAACCGUUGAGCUGUAUAAUGGCAUCAUAUCAGCAUAUCUUCAACACUUACUCUGACUGACAGCCAGACCAAAGUGACAAACAUGAGAAAGAACAUAAACUGCUUGUUUGCAAUGUUCACAAAAUGAUAGGGGAAAGUCUAAUAAAAAAUGAUUUUUCCAAAAUGAA